GUAGAAAAUAGAAUAGAAAAUGGAGGGAUGCAGCGGAAGUGACAACGUUGAAAGGGGAUGCUGAAUGAGAGUGGAUUGGUUGGUUAAUGGUUUAUAUAAAUAAGGUCCUCAAAUUUCUUUGUUACUGCCUCUUUCUGAGUUUCCGUGCAACACCAGACGCGAUCCUUCACCUCCUCAGUGCAGCUGCGACGUCGUUUUCUGUUUCCUUCUUUCUCUCAUGGGACUUUUCAGAAGGAUAGUUGGAUUUCUAGGGUUUUCAAGGGACGAUGUCCACGAACACGAUUCUAAGGACGACGAACCCGACGGUCAACAUCGUACGGCACGGUUUCGCGUCAAAGAAACCGGUCUUCCUCGUAAAGGGUUUAGUGUCCAGGCCCAGGUCGUCGUCGAUCGCUCCCAGCUUGGUCCCGUUCUCACUCCUUCUACCUCUGGCGACGGCGAAGUUCAGGGUCUGGGAUGGUAUACAAAGCGUCUUAUGAUAGACGAAGAUGGAGAUGUAGCAGAUGAAUUCCUUGAUGAGGUUUCUUCAGAGAUUCCAGAAUCACUUGCUGUAGAUCAUCAUAAAAUGCCAGCAAGAUUUAAACUGAAAUGCGGUACUAGGCCAGUCAAAGUGAAACAGAUUCUAUCAGAUGGGAAAAUUCAGCAAUAUGUGGAACACCAGGGCAGAUUGCAGCGGGUAUAAUUAAAUCUGUUUAGGUAUUGGUCUGACUAUUGAUUUGUGGGCCUUAUCUGUUUAGUUGUGCAAUCGGUGGGAACCUGCUGUCAAAACACUAAUAUUUUAACUGAGCUUUACUUGAUGGUUCCUUUUUACUCUUUGAUUGUCUUUCACUAGCCAUGAAUAUGUCUGCGAAUUGCUGCAUUUGGUGAAAGUGUGUGGGAGUUAAAUGUACAAUUUAAGGAAGUCUGGGUUUACCCAACAAAUUGUGCUACUAAAUCUCAUGUCUUAAGCUAUAUAUUACAGAGGCUGUGUCAAGUUUUUAGGUCUAGUGGUCGAAAAAUUUUUGGUACACAACAUUGAAUAAGGUGCAAGGUUUUCUGGGUGAAAGGACUAUGUGUGAGGAGAUCUAUGAAGCUCUGAACUUCGACAAGUAGACGCACUUGAAGUGAAGUUCGUCAUUAGGUAUGGUAGUUUCCUGUAAGUAUUGAAAUGUGGGACGUGUGAUUCUGCUAAUGAUGAUAAUUUGUUCUUUACUUCUAGCUUUUGUUCAAACUGUUUGUGAUGUUCAUUAGAUUAAUAAAGUGAAAUAUAGAUUUUU